AAAAUGGUAUUGCCUCCUCAGUUCCAAGAGGAUACCCCCCUGCCCCUAGUCGGUCACAGGUCUCAUUUUAAAACUAUGAGCCAGACAUGAAGAACAGACAAAACCAACUGGACUUGUAAGAAAAAUAUGUAGUAUCGCAGUACUAGGUAGACCCCGAGCAGCUGCUCAUUUUUUAAUAGUCAUUACUACGAGUGCCGCUCACAAUGACCAGGGAAACAGGGAUCUGAGCCUGACAGUUGGAAGUGAGGCCCUGGAUGGGUCAGUACACACUUGCAUAGUGGGCGUUGGUAUGCAGGGAGGGCAAGUGUUGACUGUCUCUAAGCAGGGCUGAUGGGAGUUAUUUAUAUCUCCACAACCGGCCACUCUCUGCUCCUGAUGCACAGAACAAAGUGAAAUCUGGUGAGUGACUCUUGGUCAAAAUGACCGAGCGCUACGACUGCCACUACUGCAAGGAGUCCCUGUUUGGGAAAAAGUACGUUCUUCGAGAGGACAAUCCCUACUGUGUGAAAUGUUACGAGAGCCUGUACUCCAACACUUGUGAAGAGUGCAAGAAACCCAUCGGUUGCAACACCAGGGAUCUGUCCUACAAGGACCGUCACUGGCACGAGGACUGCUUCAAGUGCUUCCAGUGCAAGCGCUCCCUGGUGGACAAGCCAUUCUCCACCAAGGAUGAGCAGCUUCUUUGCACCGAGUGCUACUCCAAUGAGUAUUCCUCCAAGUGCCAUGAGUGCAAGAAAACCAUCAUGCCAGGCUCCAGGAAGAUGGAGCACAAGGGCAACAGCUGGCAUGAGACCUGCUUCACCUGCAAGCGAUGCCAGCAGCCAAUCGGCACCAAGAGUUUCAUCCCGAAGGAGAACCAGAACUUCUGUGUGCCCUGCUACGAGAAGCAGUUUGCCAUGCAGUGUGUGCACUGUAAGAAGCCCAUCACUACCGGUGGGGUGACCUACCGUGACCAGCCCUGGCAUAAGGACUGCUUCCUCUGCACCAGCUGCAAGCAGCAGCUGUCCGGCCAGAGGUUCACCUCCAGAGAUGACUUUGCCUACUGUCUGAACUGCUUCUGCAACCUUUAUGCCAAGAAGUGUGCCUCCUGCAUCACCCCGAUUAGUGGUCUCGGAGGAAGCAAAUACAUCUCCUUCGAGGAGCGCCAGUGGCACAACGACUGCUUCAACUGCAAGAAGUGCUCCGUGUCCCUGGUUGGCCGUGGCUUCCUGACCGAACGGGAUGAUAUCCUGUGCCCAGAGUGUGGCAAAGACAUCUAACUCAGCCUGAGGCAUAACAAUACAACUAACAAAUGGCAGAUAUUGAAUAAGUAAUAUUAGACAAUAAAGUAUAGCAUCUUUAGCG